UUGACUUCGUCUCCCCGCGGAACCGAAAUUUUCUUAUUUCCUCUUAUUAAUUCCUUUUCGGGUCCGCCUUCUCUUUCCGUCCGCAAGAGGCGAAGAAGCGGAGCACUCUCGCGCCCCGAUUCGGCUCUCGACGCCUUCACGAUCUCGAGCGAAAGGGAACGAUGGGGCUCAGCUUCGCGAAGCUGUUCAGCCGCCUGUUUGCGAAGAAAGAGAUGAGGAUCCUGAUGGUAGGGCUUGAUGCCGCCGGUAAGACGACCAUCCUCUACAAGCUAAAGCUCGGAGAGAUCGUCACCACCAUUCCCACCAUUGGAUUCAAUGUGGAAACUGUUGAGUACAAAAACAUUAGCUUCACCGUGUGGGAUGUUGGUGGUCAGGACAAGAUCAGACCUCUGUGGAGGCAUUACUUUCAGAAUACGCAAGGCCUUAUCUUUGUUGUUGACAGCAAUGAUCGAGAUCGUAUUGUUGAGGCAAGGGAUGAGCUCCACAGGAUGUUAAAUGAGGAUGAGCUACGGGAUGCUGUCUUGCUUGUGUUUGCGAACAAACAAGACCUUCCAAAUGCAAUGAAUGCUGCUGAAAUCACUGAUAAGCUUGGUCUGCAUUCCUUGCGUCAGCGACACUGGUACAUACAGAGCACUUGUGCUACAUCUGGUGAGGGUUUGUACGAGGGGCUUGAUUGGCUCUCCAGCAACAUCGCCAGCAAGUAAACAAAGCAUGGGGGGUCGCUCAAAAGCAGCAGUAUGCAUCGUUCACGGCAUCAGCACAUUAGAGGGACACGAUGACAGUUAAUGUUCCGCUUGGAUGGGUGCUAUCUCUUUGUUAUUCCUGUCUCGUGCAAUUCAAAAAAAAUUUCCAUUUGCUUUGUUGAAUUGGAUUUUUGUGGAUGAAACUCUUGUUAGAAACACCUUUCUUUGACCUGGAAUUUGCUUUCACCAUUUUCAAUAGAGAUUGUGCCGUCUUUUAGUUCA